GGUUAUUUUUGUGCAGGCUACGCCAAUGGAAGCAGAUGGGAGAUUGGAACCUUUAGAAGGAUGAGGUUCCGAUCGCUGUGAGCGGGAAUGGCGCCAGGAGACAUGGUGCCGGAGCACGCGAGGCAGAACAAACCCAGGGAGAAGAGACAGCCCAGACCCUCGGAGGCCGAAGGCGACGCCGACGGCUCCUACGUCUUCGAGGCCCACGAGGCCUGGAAGGAGUUCCACAACUCCCUGCGGGAGUUCUACGAGGCCGGCGAGCUCUGUGACGUCACGCUCAAGGUGGGCAGCCGGCUGAUACCAUGCCACAAGCUCGUGCUGGCCUGCGUCAUCCCCUACUUCAGGGCCAUGUUCCUGUCGGAGAUGUCCGAGGCCAAGCAGGAGCUAAUUGAGAUCCGCGACUUCGACGGCGACGCCAUCCAGGACCUGGUGGGCUUCGCCUACUCCUCGCGGCUGACGCUGACGGUGGACAACGUGCAGCCGCUGCUCUACGCCGCCUGCAUCCUGCAGGUGGAGCUGGUGGCGCGGGCCUGCUGCGAGUACAUGAAGGCCCACUUCCACCCGUCCAACUGCCUGGCGGUGCGCACCUUCGCCGAGAGCCACAACCGCGUAGACCUGAUGGACAUGGCCGACCGCUACGCCUGCGAGCACUUCCGCGAGGUGGUGGAGUGCGAGGACUUCCCCUGCGUCUCGCCGCAGCACCUGCGCACGCUGCUGGCCUCCAGCGACCUCAACAUCCAGUCGGAGACGCAGGUCUACAACGCCGCCGUCAAGUGGCUCAGGGCCAACCCGCAGCACCACGGCGCCUGGCUGGACCAGAUCGUGUCCCAGGUGCGUCUCCCGCUGCUGCCCGUCGACUUCCUCACAGGCACCGUGGCCAAAGAAGAGAUGAUCAAGAGCAACCUCAACUGCCGCGACCUGCUGGACGAGGCCAGGAACUACCACCUCCACCUGAGCAACAAGAUGGUGCCAGACUUCGAGUACUCCAUCCGCACCACGCCCAGGAAGUACACGGCGGGUGUGCUGUUCUGCGUGGGCGGGCGCGGCGGCUCUGGCGACCCCUUCCGCAGCAUCGAGUGCUACUCCAUCACCAAGAACAGCUGGUUCUUCGGGCCCGAGAUGAACAGCCGGCGCCGGCACGUGGGCGUGAUUUCCGUGGGAGGGAAAGUCUACGCUGUCGGAGGACAUGACGGAAGCGAGCAUUUAGGCAACAUGGAAAUGUUUGACCCGCUCACUAAUAAGUGGAUGAUGAAGGCGUCCAUGAACACAAAAAGGAGGGGCAUCGCCCUCGCAGCCCUUGGAGGCCCUAUCUAUGCCAUCGGCGGCUUGGAUGACAACUCGUGCUUCAAUGAUGUGGAGAGGUACGAUAUCGAGUCAGACCGCUGGAGCGCCGUGGCCGCCAUGAACACGCCCCGCGGAGGGGUCGGCUCCGUGGCCUUAGGGAGCCACGUGUACGCAGUGGGGGGUAACGACGGCAUAGCCUCGCUCUCCAGCGUGGAGAGGUUCGACCCCCAUCUCAACAAGUGGACCGAGGUGAAGGAGAUGGGCCAGAGGCGGGCAGGCAACGGCGUCAGCGAGCUCAACGGCUGCCUCUACGUCGUGGGGGGUUUCGACGACAACUCGCCCCUGAGCUCUGUGGAGCGCUUCGACCCCCGCGCACACCGCUGGGAGUACGUCGCGGAGCUGACCACACCCCGAGGGGGCGUGGGCGUCGCCACAGUGAUGGGCCGCGUCUUUGCGGUGGGCGGGCACAACGGCAACAUCUACCUGAACACGGUAGAGGCUUUUGACCCGCGCAUGAAUAGGUGGGAGCUGGUCGGUUCGGUGUCCCACUGCCGUGCGGGCGCCGGGGUGGCCGUCUGCUCCACCCACAUCAGCCAGAUUCGGGAUGUCGGCCAGGGCUCCAGCAACGUGGUGGACUGCAUGUGACCACGCCGCCGCCGCCAACACCACACACGGGCGCGCAUCAGACACGCACACGCAGGGGUCAGAGCAGUACACAUCAAGGGGAUUCGCGGUUACCACACAAAGGCACCAUGUCACUAUUUAUUGGAAUUAUGCUCAAUGUGGAACAGUUGAAAAUAAGUGCUCUCUGUGGCACACUAUCCGCAUUCUUUUUUUUUUCGCUUUCAAAUCAAAUUUUUUUUUUCCUGAGUAACUAUUUAAUAUGUGAACCUGUUGGAUUUUGUGGUGCGUGUACUCGUUUUGUUUUGAGGUGCAUUAAAUACUAUGGAGGGGAAAUGGUUGGUAGGAGCAUCAUGCUAUCAUUUCAGCCCUAGAGCGUUGCAGCUGUGUUAACUCACUUCCGCUCUCCUGCAUUCUCCCUAUGAAACGGGCAGGUGAGCUGUGGCUUUUUUCAUAGGUUCACAGGAGACUUUCCCACACACCUUUUUAGGUGGUCACCUUGAGCUACUUUAGGUUACAUUGUUAAUCGGGCUUUACACUGGGGAUCUUCCGCGGUUACAACCUUGGUGGUAAACACAGCGAAAGAGAGGUUAACAGCCUCUGGCCUUCCACAUUAGCGUGACAAUGCCAUUGUCCUCUGUAAUGCUCCAAAGGCAAGCAGAAGAUGUUGGAGGUACAAUCUUAACUCAGCGAUGAUUAGUUUGAACAGCAAUAGACGCAGUGAAGCGGUCAGCCCGUUAAUGGGGCGCAUUGACUGUUGUUACCUUGUCCUUGCGAGUGAACAAUCAUUUCCAAACCUGAGGUGGACACUUGGAGACAGGCAAGGCUGGGGAGCUACGUGUCGCGAAUACCAAACGCGAUGAAAGGGCCCUUUUAUGCAGUAAGAUUUAUUCACCUGCCUUGGCUGCUGCCGUGAGCGGAAAACUUGAGAUUACGAGGUGACAGGUGAGUCAGGUCUACAGCUUGGACUCCAGGGUCACUCUUCCUAUUGGUUUUUUCAAGGAUAUCCUGCCAGUAAAUGCUUGUGCUUUUAGAUGUGCUAAACCAUGAACCAUUUUUUUCUGCCAAAACCAAGACUGACACUACAGGGAAAG